CAUUCACAGCAAGUCAUCGACUGUGGAAAUGCCGGCUCGUGUGGUGGGGGUUUACCUGAAGGGGUUUACGAAUAUGCUCAUUCUGUGGGAAUUCCCGAUGAGACUUGCAACAACUACCAAGCAAAAAAUCAAGACUGCACGGGGUUCAACAAGUGUGGAACAUGCACUACUUUUGGCCAAUGCCACACCAUUAAGUCAUUCAAGUCGCCUGAUUCCACCAAGUCGUUUAACACAUUGUGUUCCUCUCUCCUACCCAACAGCUGUCUGAUUGACGCCACUGAAAAACUCCACCAGUAUACAGGAGGAAUCUACAGCGAGUACAACCCAUCGGCAGGGCCCAACCACGUAGUCACCAUCAGCGGGUGGGGAGUGGAGAAUGGUACCGAGUUCUGGAUCGUUCGCAACUCCUGGGGCACUCCCUGGUUCCACAAGGAAACAAAAUCUGGAGAGGAUCUCAAACAACAGAUGAGGCACGCUGAUUAG